AAGGCACCAAAAGGUGAGCUUUCUCGUAACUUUUUCGGCUUUUAUUCUGUUUGUGCUCAGUAUUUCGUUUAUAUUUGUGUUAGAAUUAGUAAUUUGUGUCCAAAUUAGCGUGAAAUCAUCAAAAGAAGUUGAAAAAACAGGAAAAUGAGCAGCUCGGAGGAGGUAUCAUGGAUUUCAUGGUUUUGCGGGCUUCGAGGAAACGAAUUUUUUUGUGAAGUGGACGAGGAUUAUAUAAACGACAAGUUCAACCUAACGGGGCUCAAUGAGCAGGUGCCGCACUACAGACAAGCUCUGGACAUGAUCCUAGACCUGGAGCCUGAUGAUGACUUGGAUGAUAACCCAAACCAGUCCGAUCUGGUGGAGCAGGCCUCCGAGAUACUAUAUGGACUGAUCCAUGCCCGCUACAUACUCACUAACCGUGGUAUCGGGCAAAUGUUAGAGAAAUUUCAAUCCAAUGACUUUGGACACUGUCCGCGUGUCUACUGUGAAUGUCAAAGCUUGCUUCCAAUUGGGCUGUCGGACGUGCCGGGCGAGGCGAUGGUGAAGCUGUACUGCCCGCGCUGCACGGACGUGUACACGCCCAAGUCGUCGCGCCACCACCACACUGACGGGGCCUACUUCGGCACUGGCUUCCCGCACAUGGUGUUUAUGGUGCACCCAGAGUCCCGCCCCAAACGCCCCGCCUCGCAGUUCGUGCCCAGAUUGUACGGGUUCAAGAUCCACCCGCUGGCGUACCAGAUCCAGCAGCAGGCGGCGGCCAACUUCAAGGCGCCGCUGCGGAGUUUCUCGUACAACAACGAGACGAAGACUACCAGUAACAUUCCAAAAUGAUUAAAUAGCCACCGAGUGCGCCUCCACAGCACUCCCACAGCGAGCUGACCGAGUGACGGCGACGCUUGCUUGCAAGCUUCAUGUAUCUACCAGCUGUAACUUAAACUAAUGAUAAUAUUUAUUAAACAAUUAAUUUACUCCUUAUUUAACAAACAGUUAUGUUUUAAAUUCAAUAAAGUUUAUUUUUACGUUUUCUGUA